AUGAGGGCAAGUGGCCUCAGCGCCACAGGGCGGGAAAGGGAAGCAGCCGCCGAGGAAGCGGCGGCGGCGGUUCAGGGUGGCUACGUCGCUGAGAGAGCGCUUCCUCCGCCUGUUUUUAUUAAAGGAGGUUGUUUUAUAGCAGCCGCCUCACCGUCACCGAGCACCUCGGCUGUACGUGAGGGGAAAUGGGCCGCCGUCAAGUUGCCACUUUUACUUUUAUUUUUUUACCUCACAGUCGCCCUUUACCUUUCAACCGCCUCAGACAGUAGGAAAUUCAGCAGGUGUCGCCUUCCCACGUCUCUUCAGUUCUGCGCAAGGAAAAGCUUCGUUGGCUAAUACUGUAUUUUCUCCUCUCAGGUAGCUGUUAAAAGAAGAGCAGGGGAGCCCUGAGUAAGGAAAAGGCAGCUUUAAGCCUCUGGAGUCGCAACACACAUCCUCAAUCCAGUUCAGAAUACAGUAGCUACCAUUAAGUUUUGAGCAGGUGUCCUGGGCUUAACAAGCAGCAAUUCAACAGGUUCAGCUUUACCCAUCCCUGCCACCCUGUUGAACAGUGCUGCUGCACCUGUAGGAUUUCUGCUUGCCAUGAGGCUCUUCAGGAACUUUGCCAGGAAAAGAAGGUUUAGGACCUUAUAGCAGAAGAUUGAACCUAGCAGAUAGCAAACUAGUCUGGGGAGAAGAGAACAAGUACAUUCAGGUUUGGUUCUCCUGCCCAGGCAGUCUAGACACUGUGUCAGCCUUAGGCAAUUGCUAAUUUGUGUGCUUACAUAUCUGCAAAUUUAAAACUCUAUUGCUUGCCUAAGCCAAAAUAGCCUAUCCAGUUGGAGAGUUCGCUUACAACUUGCCCUGAUCCACAACUUUGGAUCAGUGUCAGUUUCUUAAUUCACUUGGAAAAUACCUAGCAAGACAAAAUAAGGCUCGUGACCUUGACAAAGCCCAAUGAUCAUUAGAAAUGUAUAUUAAGUACUGAGAAACACACCUUAGCGGAAAGAAUUGUCUUGGGUGAUAGAUCCCAGAGAAGCACUGUGGGUUCCCAAUAGAGAGGUGACAAGUUUUUUUGUGGGGAGGCACUUGUGCUUCUAAACAGAAUAAUUAAUCUCAAAUGAUCUGGCUCUCCUAGGCAAAUUAGUAACUAUGAAACAUGAGCUAUUUGGAUCCUCUAAUCCAGCACUAUCUACUCUGACCAGACAUGGCUCUCUCAAGGCCUCAUGUACACAUUUUCCCUAAUCCUAUCUGAAUUCCUUUUAACUAGAAACGCCAAAGAAUGAACCUAGGAUUUCUGGAUAAAGAAUGUGGGUCUACCACUGAGUUAUAUAUACCUAGAAACUAACCCUUGAGUUUCACUAGUAACUGCCUUACUAGCAGAGAGAAAUCACAACAAUCCAGGAUAUUCCUGUAUAGGACAUAAUCCCUCUCUGUUUCAAGCACAAAAAUAUAUUACUGGAAAGGGGAAUUAAAAAAUUUAAAAAGAGUAGGUAUAUCAUGAUAGCUAAAUGUUCAGAGGAAGCAUGUCACAGAAUAUCAGUUGCUGGGUGACAGCAGCCCAUUGACAGCUGUUGGCCUCAAAUCCUGAUGAUGUUUUCUGGACACAUAGUUAACCUCUUUGGGGGGAAAAGGAUGCUAGACUAGGUAGAACUUCGUUCUGAUCAAGCACUGCUCUUCUUAUUUGUUUAUCCAAUUUGUAUCCUGCCCUUCCUCCUGGAGGAGACCAGGGUGGCAGACAUAUCAAUAAUUUAAGAAUAAAACAAAGCAUUCUAAAAACAGUUUAAAAAACUCUAAAGACAAUUAAAAACAUUGUCUCAACCAGUGAUUUCAAAGUUGCCAGGAACAGUAUCUUCCAGCCACCAAAGAUUUGGGUAAACAGGAAUGUUUUUAAAUUCCUCCUGAAAGUCAGUAAUGAGACAGACCCUCACUAAGGGAGGGCAUUCACAAAUGGGGAAGUGUCACUGAAAAUGCCCUGUCAUGGGUCAGUGCAACUAAGCAUGGCCAACAAACCCUCACCUGCUGACUGCAGUGUCUGAGAUGGUUGAUAUUAUGAAGGAGCUCUUUUGGGUCCCAAGCCAUUUAGGACUUCACAUGCUAGUACUAACACCUUGAAUUGAGCCCAGUAGUUCAUUGGCAGCCAAUGCAGCAUUUUCAGGACCAAUUGCAUGUAGUCCAAUCAAACUGCCCCACUUGCCAGUUUAGUAGCUGCAUUCUGCACUAGCUGCAGCCUCUGGACCAUGUUCAAGGGCAGCCCCACAUACAGCACAUUACAGUAAUCCAGAUGGGAGGUCACCAGAGCACAAGCAACAGGUUGUCCUGAUCAAGGAGUGGCCAUAACUGGAGAAUCAGCCUAGUUCUCUACUUUUGUCAAUGGGUAAUAAACAGUCACUAUACUUCAAGAACUUCUAAGGUGAACUACUCCAUUCUAGAGAGAGGAAAACUACAUGUUAGCAUUUAUUUAUUUAUUGCUGCAUUAAAGAUACUGACCAUGCCAUUACCUGGAAACCUGUUUUCCCCUUCCAAAUGGAAUAAAAUAAAAUAUGUUGACUCUAAUUGGCAGCAAACUCUAGGCUUCAGGAUCCUACACUGACAUCUUCCACUACAUUGCCCUACUAUUUUAAUAUUUUCUUUUUACAAACAAUCCUUAUUAUAGUAGAUCUUCCUCCUGCAUAACAUGAGCACUUAUCAAUCAUGAUUCUUCAUAUGACUGCAAAUUACAUGGCGACGGGAUAUUACACUACUAAUGAUAGAUUGGAAUUAGUGUGAGAUUACUGCUUCAAGAUGUUUUGAUUAUGAUUAUGAUUAAAUUUAUCAUGCACUCUUCCCUAGCAGGCCCCAGGGCAGCUUACAACGAUUCAAAAUUAUGGAAGUUGUCUUGCUAGUGAAGUGUUAUUUUGCUCAUGCUUAGCCUCAGCAACUGUUUCAGCAGAAUCCAGCAUCUCUGGAUCUGGACUAAUUAAUGCCCAGAGGAGAUUAUUAUCUUGACUAAUCUAUAUUAGACUAUCAGGUGACACCCAUUCAUGUAUAAUUUUGUUUCACUGUCAGGGAACUAUUGUUUAUCAUUGGAUUUAGGUAGUGAAUAGGUGAAUUGCCUUUGGGCCAAAAAUCCCCCUAAAAUUUCCUUCUGCCAGGAAAUAUUUUUAAAGUGUGUCAUGUAAACUGUCAGGAUGCAAAAAAUGGCUUUAGGUUUAUGACUUUACAUUCAUACAAACCGCACACACAAAAAACCACUUGGUCCAGAGAUAAAAUUCUGCAGAGAAGAACUUUUAGUGCAAGAUGAGUCUUCUUCUUUGGCGAUCACUUGUAGCCGAGUAAGAUUGUCUUCAAUGAACACAGUCUUAACAGUGAGUCUGAAAGAGACUGUGGAGGCCAAUUCUGGAUCCACACGUCCUUCCACAGUGGGGACAUAGGUUUCCAUGCUUUCCUCUUAGCUUGUUUCUCCCUUGCGCCCUGAGUUUGAGUGUCUUCAAAGUCCACGAUACCUUUGUUAAAGGCUGUUCUCCAAUUGGAGUGCUCACAGGCCAGUGUUUCCCAAUUGUCAAUGUUUAUACUACUUUUUUUUAGAUUUGCCUUGAGAGAGUCUUUAAACCUCUUUUGUUGACCACCAACAUUACACUUUUCAUUUUAAAGUUUGGAAUAGAGUAGUUGCUUUGGAAGACGAUAAUCAGGCAUCCGAACAACAUGACCAGUCCAAUGAAGUUGAUGUUGAAGAAUCAUUGCUUUGACACUGAUCUUUGCUUCUUCCAUUACACUGACAUUAGUUCGCUUGUCUUCCUAGGUGAUAUGUAAAAAUUUUUGGAGACACUGUUGAUGGAAUCUUUUGAGGAGUUGGAGAUGGUGUUUAUAAGUGGUCCGUGUUUCACAAGUAUAUAGUAAGUUUGGUAGUACAGUAGUUUUGUAAACAAGAAUUUUGGUUUCCCUGUGAAUGUCUCAGUCCUCAAACACUCUGCACUUCAAUCGGGAGAAAGCUGCACUCACAGAGCUCAGGCGAUGCUGUAUUUCAGUAUCACUAUUGGCUCUUGUGUAAAGCUAACUGCCCAGGUAGGAAAAAUGAUUGACAUUUUCCAGUGUUGCACCAUUGCGUUGGAUCUGUGGCACUGCAGAGGGCUUGUUUUGUGCUUAUUGGUGCAGCACUUUGGUUUUUGGGAUGUUGAGCAAUUGGUCAAGCUUUUCAUAAGCUGCAAAGCUUUUUAGGAUGGUUUGGAGGUCAUUGGACACAACGUUGUCAUCAGCAUAUUGACGCUCUAUGACGAAAGUUAUGGUAACCUUACUCUUUGUUUUCAGCCUGUUCAAGUUAAAGAGCUUUCCAUCUGUUCGAUAUACGAUUUCUACCCCGGUGGGGAGUUUCCCUUCGGCAAUGUGUAUGAUCAUGUCAAUGAAAAUAAUAAAUAGAGUUGGGGUGAUAGCACACCCCUGUUUGACACCUGAUCCCACUGUGAGCAGUUCGCUGUGAGAGCCAUUGUUAUCUGCGAUUGUUGAUGUCAUAUUAUCAUGGAGGAGCAGAAGGACGUUAACAAAUUUAUCUGGGCAGCCAAUUUUCAGAAAGACAGUCCACAGGGCAUUACGAUUUACAGUGUCGAAGGCCUUAGUCAGGUCAAUAAAUGCCAUAUACAGGGAUUGGUUUAGUUUUUUUCAGUAGAUUUAGAUCGCUAAAGCCCUAUUCAUCUUGAAAACCAACCCCUGCAAGAUGAGUAGGGCUUUAGCUAUCUAAAUCCACUGAAAAAAGUAGUCCACAGAUGGUGUAAUGAAAAUCACUGAAUACUUUUCCUGUUCACCCAUUAGCUUAUAUUCGCCUUUCAAACCAUUGUCAUUUAAAUUCUUUUGUAACAGGGCACAAAGUGAAAAGUACAGUACUAAAAACCUCAACCCCAACUCAUUUGUCAUUUGAACUUCCUGCCUGUUCAUUGUUUACAUGCCAUGUUUUCUGUAAUAUGCAUUUAUCUGGUUUAUCAUGUGCAUGCAUUGUUUCUUCUUCAUCUGGACAGUAUUGGGCUCAGUACACAGGCCAUUGCUGUUAGAAUCUGCUAAUCCCCAACUUCCUUUCUGCAACAUUGACAGGUUUCACCAUUUUUUUGUGUCCUCUCAGCAGUAGUCACAAUAGUUAGAGUACUAUCCAUGCUUCCCUAUUAUCAUCUCGGUACCUACACUACUAUUCAGCAUCAUUCUCCCAAGCCCCAAGCACUUGGUUCAACAACACUGUUUUGCUGCACAAUUCAAAAGACUAUAUUUAAUCUUUAAAGCUCUAAAUCAUUUGGGUCCAUGGUAUCUCAUGGAACACCUUGUCGUUUUAUUUCCUUCUUUGAUUUAUGAUCUGCCAAGAAGACUUUCUUGUAUCCAGCUGCCUAAACACUGGCGGUGAAAUCUAGGGACAUUCUAGGUUGUAUCAGCCUGCUUUUGGAAUGUCAUUUUUUAGGAGAUUCACUUGACAGAUCCUCUCUAACCCUUUAAAAACUAGUUAAAACUGACAUAUCAUUACUUGAUAUCGGCAUUGCUGGUUCCUGUUGCAGUAUUUUUAUUGCUUUUGAGCAAAAAUGAUGCAAAAUUUUUAUUUUUGUUAAAAUUUCUGUACCACCCUUCAUCCGAAGGUUACUGGGCAUUUACAAUAUAAAAAUACAAAAUACAUACUAUAAUAAAAAAAUAAAAAUAAUAACCCCCACUCAGUUUAAAAGGCCAUAGAUUGUUUAAUUAGCAAAUUAGCAAAAGGCCUGAGAGAAGAGAAAUGUUUUUGCUGGUGCCUAGAUAUAUGUAAUAAAGGCAGGCGAGCCUCCCUGGGGAGAGAAUUAACAAGCAGGGAGCCACUGCAGAAAAGACCCAUUUUUGUGCUGCUGCCCUCUGGACCUCUUGCAAAAAAAGGGGGGGCCUUAGAUGAUGGCAAACCCUCCAAGUUUCCCUAUUUUCCAGCGACAUUCCUGAUUUAGAUAAGCCACCCCAGUUUCUGAUUUGAGCUCAGAAUGUCCCACUUUUCCUUAGGAAGUACCUAUUUUCAUUGGAGAAAUAUUGGAGGGUAUUGUCAGGGAGACGCAAACGGGAAAAGAUGAAAGGACAGAAACCAGCAGUUAUAGAGAGCCUAAAGAGUCUUAUGUAUGCCAGCUGGACAGCAUUAAGCCUCUGACAGGUAUGGCAUUGCCCCAGUGAACAACCUAGCAACUGAAUUCUAUACCAGCUGAAGUUUUCAAACUGUCUUGAGUUUGGCAGAUGAGGGAUGGAGAGCUUUGUUCCUCAUCCGUAGCCUGAUGUAUUUCUAUGCCGGAUGCAGUUGGGCAGGUACCAAUAAGAGAAUGGUGAUCAUAGAAAAGAAUCCCAUGUAGCUUGAAAACUACUCAAAUAUAGGAACACUCUGACCCCUUGUGGCUGAAGCUGUCCAUUACAACUAGAAAAACAAUAUUGAUACUGUAAUACUUUGUGCAUGGAUUUAGCAGAAGAAAUAAUAAAGAAAAUGCAUAGAUGUUUGAGGCCAUGAUAAACCACCAGAGUGACAAUCAAAUGAAAAAAUGAGGAUAGUAUAUUUUCAAAUACUUCUAUAUUUGUAUCACCAGUUUUGCUUUGGAAACAUUUUCCUCCCGGAACAAGACGGAGAUAGACUGAAAUUGCAGAGUUUUGAAAAACUAAAAAACAAAGUGCGAGACUGGCUUCAUUAUUAUCAGAUAAUGGAGGCAUUUAAAUUGGACAGGAAAAUUGGCUUCCAGGUGGAAAGAUCCAAAUUAGAAACAGAAUUGUUAGAACCCAAAACUAAGAAUUUGUCAAGAAUGUAUAACUUGCUGCUGAAAUGGAAUACUCAGGAUGAAACGGUAAAAUCGGCUAUGAUUAAAUGGGCACAGGACGUUGGACAUAACAUUAUGUUUGCUGACUGGGAACAGUUAUGGACCACAGGUAUGAAAUUUACGGCAUGUAAUGCCUUAAGAGAGAAUAUUAUGAAAAUGAUAUACAGGUGGUACAUAACCCCAGUCAAGCUUGCGAAAAUCUAUCACUUGCCCGAUAAUAAAUGUUGGAAAUGUAAAGAAACUGAAGGUACAUUUUUCACCUUUGGUGGACGUGCCUAAAGAUUAAGGCUUUCUGGGAAAUGAUAUAUAAUGAAUUAAAAAGGUAUUUAAGUAUACCUUCCCUAAGAAACCAGAGGCCUUUCUCCUGGGCAUAGUCGGCCAAAUGGUGUUAAAAAGGAUAGAACUUUCUUUAUGUAUGCAACAACAGCAGCAAGAAUACUCAUCGCAAAGUAUUGGAAGACACAAGAACUUCCCACGCUGGAGGAAUGGCAGAUGAAACUUAUGGACUAUAUGGAAUUGGCGGAAAUGACUGGUAGAAUCCGUGACCAGGGAGAAGAGUCGAUGGAGGAAGAUUGGAAGAAAUUCAAAGACUAUCUUCAGAAACACUGCAAAAUUAAGGAAUGUUAGAGUGAUGUUGGACUGAAAACAAGUGGUUUCCAGCUGUACAGGUUAAAGUUAAUGAUAGACUAAGAUUAAAGAUUAAGAUUAAAGAUGUUUAAAGAAAUGGAAAUUUGAUAUUAAGAGGGAAAAUUUUAAUGGUAUAUGAUAUUAAGACCAAGGAUUAGGUUUAAAGAAGUUGAAGUUAUAUAUUUUAAUACUUUAUCAAACUAAAGAUUGGGAUUAAAAAAUGGAAAAGAAACUGCUGGACAAAUAAUUUGGAUUGGAAUACAAAAGAGGGAGGUAUGAGGAAGUCCAGAAAAUAAGUAACUUAAAAAUGGAAAUGGAAAAGAGAUAUUGUUUUUAAUUGUUAUGUUUUUUGUUGUUUUUUUUGUUGAAUUUUGUGUUGUUUUUUGUGUGUGUUGUUUUUUUUGUUAUUUAAAACUUUAAUAAAAAUUACUUUAAAAAAAAAAAAAGGAAACAUUUUCCUCCCAUAUAUAAUAUGUUCUGUAAUUAUCACAUUUCAGGGCCUUGGAAAAUGCUUAUAAAGGUGCUUUACAAAAUAGACUGAAAUCCUUUGCACAAUCAUUUAGAAGAAGAAGAAGAAGAGUUUGGAUUUGAUAUCCCGCUUUAUCACUACCUGAAGAAGUCUCAAAGCGGCUAACAUUCUCCUUUCCCUUCCUCCCCCACAACAAACACUCUGUGAGGUGAGUGGGGCUGAGAGACUUCAGAGAAGUGUGACUAGCCCAAGGUCACCCAGCAGCUGCAUGUGGAGGAGCGGAGACGCGAACCCGGUUCCCCAGAUUAUGAGACUACCGCUCUUAACCACUACACCACUACACCACACAUUUAUUUAGAAAUAAAUCCCUUGAAUUUAGAGGAGCUUAAUUGGAACUCGACAGAAAUAUGGUCAAAUUGAGACAGUUCAGCAAAGUGGUCAUGUCAAGCAAAGGCAUGUUUUUUGGUUAUAAUAAUAUUUAUUUCAGUUUACUUACAGUGCAUACAUACCAACAUAUCAUACUGUUUAUCCAAUGCCAAGGCACUGAUAGAAGGUCCUAGUUGUCAGGAGUGAGCCAGCAGUAAACCACACUGUGCAAGUUGGACUCUUAAUUAGCAAACACAUGAUCUGCACAGGAGUGUAAGGUCUAAUGAGCUCAAUAAAUCAUCUCCAGCAGGUCUUCCCUCAUGAAGCAGUCCCCACCUUCCCAUAGCUGCCUAAGCCCCCUUCUCUCCAGGGUUUCCCCCCCAAGCAGUUGGAGGCAGUGUCUGCACACGGCUAAUCUCUGCUCUUUUUAUGCAUCUUCUGGUUAUGGCACAAAAAAGGACGAGGAGGCUUGACAGAGCAGAAGGAAGAGACUCCCAUGACUCUUCACCAGCCCGACUCAUCUCUGCUUCUUGACCUGCCUCCUCCCAUUUUCCUUCUUCAGCUUCUGCCUCUGAUUCUGGACUUCUCUCCACCACAGACUGCCACUCUCCCAGCUCACUAAGCCCUGUUACCUCCUCAGCUUCUGACACCUCCUCUUCCCAGUCUUCUCCCUCUUCUCACUGUGACCACUUUAUCACCCUGGGCUCUGAGCCUUCUUCCCUUGGUGGCAGUGUUAGAAACUGAGAUAAGAAAGCUAGGAGCUAAAUGGCACCUUAAACCUAGAUUAUGGGCGCUGCAAUGGAAUGUCUAGGUACACUUUUUUUUAUAACAAUACAAAGCUGAAAAUGAAUGAACUGCAGCUAAAAUCUUAUAUUCAUUUUUCACAUGGUCUAGUCCUCAUCUGAAGACUGCAAAAAACAAAGCCAUACUUUCCCUGCCUACCCCCCUAAUAUUCUUAUGAGGGUCCCGUCUCCUGUCCUCAGAGAGUGGCAGGAAGUGGGGAGGCAGAAAAAGGUCCUAUUUUCAUUCCAGCAGUGGCAGUUUUAAUCUGAAAUCUUAGGCGCAGUACUCCCAGAGCUCAUAAACUGCUUGCAUUAAUGAAAUUCUCUGUCACAAAAUGCACCUAGAACAAUGGGAGUUUUGAAUGCUGCUUGGUGGUUCCCCAGCUGGUUUUUCUCAUCAUUCCUCUGCACCCAACCAGUCUGCAUCUAACCACAAGUAGUUAAAAUGAAAGUAGGGGAUAGGAGAGCCAUUUCCAGGAACUACAUGCCACUUUCAAAUCAUAGCUAGGUUAUCCACUAUCAAACAAUGAAAAUGUAAGUCUGGAAAUCAAUUGCCUUCUGUAUUCAGCUUUCAUAAGUGCAUAAUUCAGCUCUUCAAUUUCCCAUCAGUUCAAUUAAAAAAAAUACCAGGGAUGUUAAAUCUUGAUUCAGACUUUGGAUAAUUGUACAGUACUAAGAUAAUGGGGGGUGGGUGUGGGGUGGGUGUGAAAGCAUGUUGCAUUUGGUUUAUUCAUAAUUGUUUUUUAAAUUGACUACCACGAGACAGGAGUGCCUGGCGUGCUCUGGUUCAUGGGGUCAUAAAGAGUUAGACACGACUAAACGACUAAACAAAACCAACACCAUGAGCAAUGGCCAGGUUGCAGUUUCAUGAAAGUUCCAGGAACAGAAUUUCAACUUAGAACCUACUGGUAGUUAGAAAACCAAUUCACCACAAGGUGUCAUCAGAUCUCAAUGCAUUUUUGUAGAUUCCAAAGAACUGAGUAGAGGCUGGGAAUGAGGAAGAGCAGAUGGCUUGCUAACUAGCAGCUUCUUAUUUUUAUGAAUGGAGGCUGUCUUUAAAUGACCUCAUGGCAUGUACACUCCACCCCUACUUUGGAGUCUCUCUGUAAUUUUCAGGUGCUUGUGUACUGUCCUCUUAUGCAGUAGACCGUGUUGAAUUUCAGACAGGAUUGUAGUGUGGAAGUCAACGCAGCUGGCUCUUACUGGAAUGCAUUCAACUAGGAAAGCUUUGGACAAGUGAGUAGUACAAUGUUUUUUAAAGUUGUGUGUGUGUGUGUGUGUGUGUGUGUGUACACACAUACACACAUGCAUGCACACACACAUACUAUUUUGUAAACAGUGCUGGGAGAGUUCUGUAUUCUUUCAUUAGAUUGUUCUGUAUUUUCUCAUUUAUUGUUUUAUGAAACAGUAAUACUUUUGUCAAAAUUGAUGGCAUUGGUUGGAUAUAUAACCAACCAAUCUUGAAUUUGCAUGUAAUAUGUAAUCUUCCAUCAUUGUCAAGUCGAAAUAGGUACACUGUUUAUAUUUCAUGGCAGAAACAUCUUGGCAAGCAGUAGGAAGUAGAGAGCAAACUUUGUGAAAAGGUUUUGAAUGUAUAAAGAAAGCAAGUCCCAUGACUGAUCCCAUGUGCAUCUUCUUCUGAGAAGUUAACACUGCAGCCCUAAACUCUGCAAGUGUGUUCAGUAGGAAAUCCUAUUGUGUCUAAUGGGACUUGCUUUCUGGUAAGUAUAUUUAGGAUUGCAGCCUAAAUGCAAUCUUAUCCAUGUUUAUUCUGAAGUUAAACCCAUUAUACAAUUAUAGAAGUAUGUUUAUGAUUGUAGGCACACUAUCACAAAUUGUCAUCUUUUCAGUUUCCCAUAUUUUUUAAAUGCUGUUCUAUGAUCCCCAAGUCCCUCUCCUUGGCUCUGCAAAAGAGGGGGAAAGCUACAGUGGUUACUACCUGGUGAACUGCAGCUCCUAAGAGAUUAUGCAGAAGGCAAGAAUGGCAUUUCCCCUCUUGUUGGCUGCAGCAGUGGGAGAAUGGGAAAGACUCAAAACACAGAGAGAACAUUUCUAAAGCUACAAGCCCUAGGAGUGCCAGUGUGGUACAAAGGUUAGACUUGGUUUGGGAUGAGAUAAACCCAGGUUCAGAUUUCUGCUAAGGGCUGAUUCAUAGUUCAUGCAGUCAAGAUACUUUCAUAUGUGAACUAGUAUUUGUAGUGCCAAGCACUGACUGUAAAGAAUGAAGGGGAGAUAUGUAUCUCCAAAACAGUCAAGGACAUGUGCCAAGGAACUGAGAGCUGAUUAUGGUUCCCCAGUUCUGUCCCUGAGUGGGGGCAUGUAUGAAUUCUUCAGGUUAGUACUCUAAACACUCACUGAUUACCUGGGGCAAAUGUAAAUCAGCUGUCACAUAUGAAUCUCACUGGGAGAUGGUGGACAAGUUCCUAUCUUUCUGUGUAACCUACCUAACAAGGUUGUUGUGAAUCUGCAAUGCUGUUAGCUUCUUUGGAAGAAGUGUAAAAUAUAACAAUUAAGAAGCCAUGCUCACCUUUCCAGCUUUCUCAAGGGCUCUGCAAUUCAAUAAUGCUUAUCCCAAGAUAUUCUAAUAAAAGGAGCCAAAAUAAAAAUUAAUUUUCCAUCAGUUUGUCACAUAUUAUAAUGGGAAACUCCUGGCUAAGCUUGUUUUUAUUGCUGUCUCCACUAAUGCCUUUCUUUAGGGUCAAUGCAUUUAAUGAUAAGGUUAAGACUUUGUGUAUUAUAUAUACACAAAGGGUAAGGAGCCCCUAUGGUUAUACUUAUCCAAGUUUCAUCAGUAACUCUAAAGUGAUUUUCCAGGCUACAUAUUUUCUGGGCGGGGUGGGGGGGAUGUUUCUCUUCAGUUAUCCUGUCAGCCACAGGCUGCUCCAUUUGACAUCAAUAAAACCAGUCUUUGUAUUCUGUCUCAUUUUAUCAGUCUUUACCAGACUACUAAACUGUCUGGAUGAGAUUGACUUUCUCUUGAACUAAUUAAAUGUAUUGCUAUAAUCAAAGGAUUCUUGCACUGUUAAAUAAAGAUGUUUUAUUUCAUCUUGUAAAGUUCCAGCCAUAUUUGUUGGUUGAUAGACUAUUAUCACCAUAGUCUAUCAAAUCAGGUUUUUAAUCUUGUAAUGUAAUUCCUCAGAUUCUAGAAUUUGGGGACACACGCAGCCUGGUAUUAGGACUUCGCUGGCACAGGGUCUCAAAUCACCAAAAUGUCUUUCCACCAGCACACAAGAGGUUGCUGCCUUCAGAUGGGAUAAUAACUUAACCACAGUGCUAAAGAAACUGUCAGAGAGCUGGUAAUUCAUCUCAGUAACAGAAGUACUGUAUCCUAUGGCAAGGGUGCCUAUAUUACUAAGGUUUCCAUUGUUCCAUCAGCACAGGUUUUUCAGCUUGCCAGGGCUUCUUGGAGAAAAAGCAGGACAUAAAUUGAAUAAAGAUAAAGAUUCUGCACUUGUUGACCCAUUUGCUGAAUCCAACAUAUGGCACAUAAGGCUGCAUUGCUGGAUUUGGACUAGCUGGUAGUCAUGUCUGUCAGCUUUAUCUGUGCUGAUUGCUUUUUUUUUUUUUUUUGAGAGGUGGGGGAUUCAUUACAGUCCCUUCAGUAAUAAGAAGUGUUCUGACCACCUGUUUACUAAAGUGUGAAAGCAGACCCUUGCACAUAACAGCAUGUUUGCAGCCCACUGCUGCACCAUAUAAUUUUUGGGUUGGGGCUAUGUUUUAGAACCGCAAUCCUAAUUCCUAAAGGAAAACAAAGACACCCAUCUGGCAAUCCCAUCAUCACCACCUGAAAAAUGUUCCAGAUAAAGAAAUAUAAACCCAAUAGAUUUGCCUGUUCUACUGCCUCUCACAAUCAACUCUUCAUCUCUGGGUUGUGGGUUCGAGCCCAAUGUUGCACAUAAAGAUUCCUGCAUUGCAGGGGUUUGACUAGAUGACCUUUGUGGCCCUUUCCAACUUGACAGUUCUAUGAUGCCAUGUAUGAUGUUUCCAUGAAAACUGGUCAAGCAAAAAUCAGGUUUUCCACAAAUCAUUGAGCACCAUACAGAACAAUAUAAAAUAUGUUUCUCUCUCUUCAUUAGAUGCUAUCUCCUGCACAUUUUAAAGUAUAAUUCUAAUUUACCAGUUCCCUCAAUAAUAAUAAUAAUAAUAAUUUAUUAUUUGUACCCCGCCCAUCUGGCUGGGUUUCCCCAGCCACUCUGGGCGGCUUCCAUAGAAACAAAAAAUACAGUAAAAUAUCACAGAUUAAAAGCUUCCCUGAACAGGGCUGCCUUAAGAUGCCUUCUCAAUGUCAGGUAGUUAUUUAUUGCUUUGACAUCUGAUGGGAGGGCGUUCCACAGGGCGGGCGCCACUACCGAGAAGGCCCUCUGCCUGGUUCCCUGUAGCUUUGCUUCUCGCAAUGAGGGAACCGCCAGAAGGCCCUCGGCGCUGGACCUCAGCGUCCGGGCAGAACGAUGGGGGUGGAGACGCUCCUUCAGGUAUACUGGGCCGAGGCCGUUUAGGGCUUUAAAGGUCAACACCAACACUUUGAAUUGUGCUCGGAAACGUACUGGGAGCCAAUGUAGGUCUUUCAAGACCGGUGUUAUGUGGUCUCGGCGGCUGCCCCCAGUCACCAGUCUAGCUGCCGCAUUCUGGAUUAAUUGUAGUUUCCGGGUCACCUUCAAAGGUAGCCCCACGUAGAGCGCAUUGCAGUAGUCCAAGCGGGAGAUAACCAGAGCAUGCACCACUCUGGCGAGACAGUCCACGGGCAGGUAGGGUCUCAGCCUGCGUACCAGGUGGAGUUGGUAGACAGCUGCCCUGGAUACAGAAUUGACCUGCGCCUCCAUGGACAGCUGUGAGUCCAAAAUGACUCCCAGGCUGCGCACCUGGUCCUUCAGGGGCACAGUUACCCUAUUCAGGACCAGGGAGUCCUCCACACCAGCCCGCCCGCUGUCCCCCAAAAACAAUACUUCUGUCUUGUCAGGAUUCAACUUCAAUCCAUUAGCCGCCAUCCAUCCUCCAACCGCCUCCAGGCACUCACACAGGACCUUCACUGCCUUCACUGGUUCUGAUUUGAAAGAGAGGUAGAGCUGGGUAUCAUCUGCAUAUUGAUGGACACCCAGUCCAAAUCCCCUGAUGAUCUCUCCCAGCGGCUUCAUAUAGAUGUUAAAAAGCAUGGGGGAGGACGGAACCCUGAGGCACCCCACAAGUGAGGGCCCAGGGGUCUGAACACUCAUCCCCACCACCACUUUCUGAACACGGCCCAGGAGGAAGGAGCGAAACCACUGUAUAACAGUGCCCCCAGCUCCCAGCCCCUCUAGACGGUCCAGAAGGAUGUUAUGGUCGAUUGUAUCAAAGGCCGCUGAGAGAUCCAGCAGAACCAGGAAACAACUCUCACCUUUGUCCCUAGCUCGCCGGAGAUCAUCAACCAGCGCGACCAAGGCAGUUUCAGUCCCAUGGUGAGGCCUGAAUCCCGAUUGGAAGGGAUCCAAAUGGUCCGCAUCCUCCAGGCGUGCCUGGAGUUGUUCAGCAACCACGCGCUCAAUCACCUUGCCCAAGAAUGGAAGAUUUGAGACUCAAGGUGUGCAUACUUCUCUAUACUCAUCUGAAAAAUUGUUCUCGAAAGCAAGCUAAGAGGAAAUAAAAGCACAUUUGCUUUAAAGUUGGUGGGAGCCUUUAGGAAACACUAACCUUUUUCAAAAUUCCACUUUCUUUAUGGGGAGAGAGAUGGGGGAAAUGAAUACUUUGCUACCGCUUUUUCUUUUUUGUGAAGAGGAGAUUUAUUUGCUCUGUAAUCACUUUACUGUAGUACACGUGCAGCAAGCUACAAGUUUUGCUGUUAAACUUUCCUGAAUUGAGCACAGUAGCGCUUGAUUUGUCAUGUGACCAGAAUUAUCCUAAUGAUUAGGUAACCACCACAUGGGAAAUACUUAAUUGGUCAUGAGAGAAUGGCUGAUGAUGUUCUAUAUUGUAUAGCCACAAUUGUAUAACUAUAAAAUAGGAUCCUCUCAUCAUUUACUUUCUUUCUCCAGACACCAACCUUUCCAUUCUUCUGGUGACAUAUUGGAGAGUUUACAGUAGGAAAUAAGAUUUAUUGCCAAUCUUGGCUCCUAGAUUCUUAGAGCUGCUUCUUCCUAUAAAUACAACCCCAUGGAAGAUUGCAGAAAGAGCCCAUUCAUUUUUUUUAAUAAGAUAUUUAUUGAGAUUUUCAAAAUGUUACAAAAUAAAAAAAUAAAAAAGAAGAAAAUACAAAAUAAAAGUGGUUAAAAACAACUCAAUCUUUCCAUUACUUAUUUUUCAUUAGCUUGUUUCCUGGACCUCCUCACGCCUCCCUUUUUUGUAUUCCAGUUCAGUUUGUUGGUUCAGCAAAUCCUUACCCUCUUUGUUUAUCCUAGUCUUUAAUCUUAAAAUAUUGUAACGUUAAAUUUUUACCUAUUAAUAAUCCAUUUUUCAUAUUCCCUUAUAGUAUUACGGCUGAAAACCACUUAAUUUCUAUCCAACAUCAUUCUAACAUUCAUUAAUUUUACAAUAUUUCUGUAGAUAGUCUUUAAAUUUCUUCCAAUCUUCUUCCACCGACUCUUCUCCCUGGUCUCGGAUUCUGCCAGUCAUUUCCGCCAGUUCCAUAUAGUCCAUCACCUUCAUCUGCCAUUCUUCCAGGGUGGGUAGAUCUUGUGUCUUCCAAUACUUUGCAAUGAGUAUUCUUGCUGCUGUUGUGGCAUACAUAAAAAAAGUUCUGUCCUUCUUUGGCACCAAUUGGCCAACUAUGCCUAGGAGAAAGGCCUCUGGUUUCUUCAAGAAGGUAUAUUUAAAUACCUUUUUCAAUUCAUUAUAUAUCAUCUCCCAGAAAGCCUUAAUCCUUGGGCACGUCCACCAAAGGUGAAAGAAUGUACCUUCAGUUUCUUUACAUUUCCAACAUUUAUUAUCGGGCAAAUGAUAAAUUUUUGCAAGCUUGACUGGGGUCAUGAACCACCUGUAUAUCAUUUUCAUAAUAUUCUCUCUUAAGGCAUUGCAUGCCGUAAACUUAAUACCUGUGGUCCAUAACUGUUCCCAGUCAGCCAUCAUUAUGUUAUGUCCAACAUCUUGUGCCCAUUUAAUCAUAGCAGAUUUCACCGUUUCAUCCUGAGUAUUCCAUUUCAACAGCAAGUUAUACAUCUUUGACAAAAUCUUAGUUUUGGGUUCUAACAGUUCUGUUUCUAAUUUUGAUUUUUCCACCUGGAAACCAAUUUUCUUGUCCAAAUUAUAUGCCUCCAUUAUCUGAUAAUAAUGAAGCCAGUCUCGCACUUUGUUUUUUAAUUUCUCAAAACUCUGCAAUUUCAGUCUAUCUCCAUCUUGUUCCAAAAUUUCCCAAUAUUUCGGCCAUUUGGCCUUGAUAUUGAGCUUUUUCAGAGCUUUCGCUUCCAUCGGUGACAGCCACCUUGGGGUUUUAUUUGCAGAAAGAGCCCAUUCAAGGGAGGAGAGCCCACACAGCAAUCUGCUUUUGUUCCAAGUUCCUGUAUUUGAAAUACUGAAUUAACGAGGAUAAAUGGGAGGUGACUAUAUUCCAAAGUUAGCUAAAUCAGUCCUAAAAUACACCUCAGUAAGAACUUUGAGACAGAAGUGGAGGAACAGCAAAAGAAGGCUGAAGAGCGCAAACUUAUGUAAGAACACCAUGGUAGCACAAUCCUAUGCAUAUUUGUUUUAUUUUAUUUUAUUUUACUUUCCUUUAUUUUAUUUAUUUUUAUUUUUGUUUGUUUGUUUAGUAUACUGCCUUCAUCCGAAAAUCUCAAGAUGGUUCACCUGCCUGGCAAUAGAAAUGUACAAGGAAGUAAGAGAUCUGAUGGACCAAUCUAGAAGGGAGACAGGCAGGGGCAAAGCCAUAAAUGUUUAAUUUGAUAAAAACUGAGGGUAUUUUAGUUUAGCGGCUCCAGUAUUAUGCAGGCACAGGCAUUAGUGAUUGAUGGAAGAACCUCACCUUUUAUAGUUGAGCAUGUCCAGAAGUUACUGUGUACCUCCAACAUCCACCUAAAUAUAUUUUUAUUUUUUUUGGCAGUGUUUUGUACCAUAUUGCUUUCUCCCACUUACUUUAACCUCAGUAAACUCCUUUAAUUCACUGUCAUUGAAUAUGUAAUGUCUUGUGGUUAAGGGCUAAAGAAUUGUGAGCUGGCCAUUUUAUAUAUGGAGACAGUGUUCCCUUUUCAGUUCUUCUCAAGCAUAUUGAAAUUCCCUUGGUUUUGGAUAAGCUCUACUGUUUCUCCACAGGGAAUAAAGACCAUGCUGGUCAAUUCUUGAGAGGGGAUUGUUUGUAGCUCAAAGUAUCCUAUUGUAUGGUUAACCAAAACUUGAUUGUGGCAGUUUAGGGAGCAGCAAGAUUCUGGUUGCUAACAGGAAAUGUGACACACAGAUCUUCUGUGUUUUGUAUUAUCCAUAAAAACUUCUAGUGAGAUGAAGUCUUCAGCUACUAGCUCACUAACCAACAAUUAGAACCAUACUGAUAGCCCAAAAAGUUAAUGUUAUUUGGCAGAGUGAGGGACAAUAUAUCAUAUUUUUUGCUCUAUAAGACUCACUUUUCCCCUCCUAAAAAGUAAGGGGAAAUGUCUGUGCGUCUUAUGGAGCGAAUGCAGGCUGCGCAGCUAUCCCAGAAGCCAGAACAGCAAGAGGGAUUGCUGCUUUCACUGUGCAGCAAUCCCUCUUGCUGUUCUGGCUUCUGAGAUUCAGAGUAUUUUUUUUCUUGUUUUCCUCCUCCAAAAACUAGGUGCGUCUUGUGGUCUGGUGCGUCUUAUAGAGCAAAAAAUACGGUAUAUUUUACAUGGCACUAUUAUUACCCUUUGUCUCCACAUAAUUCCACAGAGGUUCUGGAUCUAUGCUCUUCAAUAAUUCAGUUCUUGAGACACCACCUAGCUCUGACCAAAGGGAUGGACUCAUGAUAUCCAAACAGGCUAGCAAAGAAAUCAUACGGAGAAGCAAUAGUACAGAGCAGGUUGUGCACCAUAGUUGGACUCACAUUAAUGCUUCUGUUCUCACAAAAGCUUGUUCUCUGAUCUGAAGAACAAAACACCAAAGGAUGUCAACCUAAUUCCACUGUCCUGACCUUACCAACUUUGCUGCUGGGAUUUACUCCCAGUGACUUCAUAGGAGGCAAGUCUCUAAUAGCCUUGUCCAGAAAAGGUAACAUGAGACAUUGCCCACAGAUUCUGAGAUCUUUCAGAGACAGCAGAGAGGUGCACUGAGGAAUAAGGCAAUCUAGGGAGGGCAAAGGUCAGACAGGGAUAACUUGCGCCAAAGAAAGGGGCACUGCUUCUAAGACAGUGAAGGAGCGCAGAAUAGUUCAGAAAGGCCACCUCAAAACCAAGACAUAAUUUACAGCAAUCCCAACUGAAAAUCUUUGACAAGAAACAGAUAAGAGAAAAGACUCACCCCAUCCCCUCCCUAUUGUGCUCAUUAAAAUACUUUCCCUGGACCCUUACAAGCCCUCCUACACCCACUCCUACUAUUCCAAUUACAGCAGGAAGCAAGGAGGAGUACAGAUUAGAGGGGGGAGCUUUUUUAUUAAAAGAAAAUACUGUAUAGCUUUCAUGUUUCAAACCAGGGAGAGAGAGAGAGAGAGACUUAAUGAGUUCAGAACUAGGGUUUUAAGAGAGACAGCAGAUUGAAUGCUUAGUUCUGAAAUACAUUGAUCAGCUACAACCUGAAAGACUGGGGAUCAUAGGCUCCUAAUGUGCCCUUUAAAUCUUUCUUUAUUUCGUUUUAUUUUGUGGAGCUUUCCAUUUUGAACAUAGUUUUUAACAUUUCCAUUCUCUUAGCUCAGUUUUAGCAAAGUCAGCUGCAGAAUUCCUAAAACAGGUGCAUUUGAACAAGGCUGUUUCCCUGCCUACUUCAUCUGCUCCCAUUUUCUCCAUUAACAUUCUCCCCUCUUGCCCCAGACAGACACCUAUAGAGUAGAUAUGAUCUUCAGACAUCCUCACCCCUGUUUGGGCUGCUAGGAUGGGACCAGGGCUGUGAUGGUGACAUGUGCGCCCGGGAAUGUGACUGAGACCACCCACUUAUUUCAUAGAGGCUUUUGUACAGAUAGCAGCCACAGUUACUCUUGGCAUGCAUUGCCCUGAUCAAGAUUUGAGCAGAUGACCUAGAGGUGAAAAGCCUCUGUAUUGAAAUCCUAUGCUACUCUUUCAAUGAACUGACUGCUCAUGACAGUGAUGAGUGGAUUACGCUUGUUUGAGUCAGACAAGUGUUGUGUAUAUGACCACACACGAUGCCCCUCAGUCCUGACCUACAAGUCUUGUACUAUUCCACCCCUGGUCCAUGUUCUGCAAUAUGUUGCUAUUUUCUCUUUCAGCCUACUCUUAACAUCCACAUUUUUAUUGUAAGCGAGGCUUCUUUGGUUUUCCAUCACAGGUUUAUCACAACAAGACUGAGAAAUCAGCUUCUUUAAAAUGUGAUACUGUUUUUGAUAUUUGGGAGCUGCUGUAUUUCAUGUGCACACUUACCACACAAUUAUCUCUGUUCACAGGUUUUGCAGGCCUUUCAGAUUCUGCAAAGCCUGUUUCACCAGAGAUAAUAACAAGCAAAAGAAAUCAAUCUGUACACCAGGAGCAGCCAAUGCAGUGCCCUGCAGAUAUUUUGGACUUCCAACUCCCAUCAGCCCCAGACAACACUGCCAGUAGUCUGGAAUGAUGGGAGUUGUAGAACAACAUCUGGAGGGCACUACAUUGGCUAUCCCAGUGAACACUACUGUAUAGCAAAGAAUGUUUCUUUUAUUACACUUUUUGUUAACGAAACUACAUUGAACUAUUUUCAGUGUAGAUUCUCCAGUCGUAAGGGACCUUGAUGGCAGACAGUAUAAGAUGGCUGGAAAUGCAUACCUUUGGCUUUGUAUUGUCCUGUAGCUUCAACUAUAAGGUUUCAGUUCUAUACUCAGUUUCCUAGGAGUAAAAUUCAGUGUGACUUACUUUUGAGUAGACAUUAUAAGCUUCUGCUAUGAAUCUGGCAAAAUGAAUAGCUAAAUGUCAGACCAUAUGUUAGACAGGUGAUGGGUGUCAGUUUCAUCCCACAUGAAGGAAUCCCUAUGUAAAGGGCACUGAGGAAUGUAGGUCUUUCAAGGAUUAUGUUGCUUUUGAUGCGCUAUUCAAUCUUUAGGCACACACAUUUGUUUUUUAUACGUUCCCUUUGGGGGUUGUGAGUGCACUCUGCACAUAUUAAUAAAUAAAGAUUCUCCAUACCAUUCUGAGCUGGGUCAGUACAGUACUGAAAUGAAUGGCACAUAUGCUCCAUUGCCUUUUCCAGGCAAGCAUCCAAGCAAUAUUUUACCACGGGGCCUUCCAAAAGCAUUGUGUCUGUUAGAAACUCCUAUCUGACAUGCUGAGUGGUAAUUGGAAUUGUGUUUUUACUGCCCAGAGUGACAGUCAGGGUUAUAUGGUUUUCGUGUGUAAUACAGUUGCUUUAUACCACUCAGUGUGAGAGAGUAGGACCCUACCUAGGUGGGAGACAAGGAGGGAGUGGUUAUGCUGCUGUUAUAUUGCUUGAGAUUAAGGUGGGUGGGUGAACUAGUUGUAAAUUAUGUUUAAUGCUGUUAGUCUUGUGACUAGUUGUUGGCUAGGGGUUAACUGUGUUAGAGGUAUGGUUGGUAAAAUGGCUGAGAGUGAGGUUUGCAUGUGAAAGAGUGCUAAAUGUUUGCUUGGAAAAUGUUACUGGGCAUAGAGUGUUAUGUAGUUGUUAUGUUAUGUAUCUCCUUCAGCUACUUUGUUUGGCCACAGACAAUGCUUUAACACAGGGGUAGCCAACACAGUGCCCUUCAGAUGUUGAACUACAAGUCCCAGAAGCCUCAACCAACAUGGCCAAUAGUCAGGGAUGAUGGGAGUAGCAGUUAAACAUCAUCUGGAGGAUACAACAUUGGCUAUCCCUGCUUUAACCUGUAAGGUUAUUUAUUGUAGUUUUACUUUUUACUUUUUUAAUGUUUAUUAGAGAGAAUUCUGUUUUGCUGCUUAUUAUGCUGCCUUAAAUGUGGAUUUUUAUUUUUGUAUUUCAUUUUCAUUUGCAAUGUUUUGUUCUGAUGUUUUGGGACGUAUUUGUGAUAUUUUAAGAUAGGCUAUAAACUGCUUAGAGGUUUUUUUAAAAAAUUAAAGUAGUAUAGAAGUAAUGUUCAUAAUAAUAAUAAUGAUGAUGAUGAUGAUGUAGAUGUGAAACAAUCUUUGCCUCUUGUGCUGCAUUGUCCUCAACCCAGCAUGGCUUCCAUUAAAGAGGCCAUAUUUUGGCAGCAAGUGUUGGGCCAGCUACUGUGUAGGUGCCACAAACAGUUGUUCUUCCUUUAUCCCAUAAAUGGAUGAAAAAUUAAAUGACUGAAGGGUUUUCUGGAUGCUAUUCGCAUACGGAGCCUGGCACAGAAGGAAAAAGGCCUCUACAAAAAUCAGUUUCAAAAGAAAUAGAUGAGUAAAGGAAAGGGGCCUAGAAAAGGAGAGGAAUUUGUUUCCUUUCAUUUCUGCCAUCUCAUUUGGAGAAAAGUGACAGCUGCUGCUUAUUGACCCAGCCCAGACGUUUGCUGCAGCUGCAUCCUUCUCCUUUCACUGUAUUGAAGAAAAAGAACUAAAACCUUAAUGCUAUGUAAGACUAUCAGAUGACCCUUAACUCUAAGAUGUUGCAUCUUAUAUUUUAUAUCCAAAACUGCUGUUUCUCUAGCACACCCAUCCACACCCACAUACUAUAGAGCCUUGGUUUGAGACCCCACCUUUGGACAUGAAUCACCUAUCCAGGAACAUAUGAGUCCGUAAAGUACUAUUAAGGUUCUUAUGUCAAGUCCCUAACUCCUAGAACUACUUUAGGCAAAAGCACAGUAAUAUGCCCAUUGAAAGCAAAAGGGGAAUCAGAAUAUACUUGCUGAGUCAGACCUGUAUGUGGACAAAGCACAAAGAAAAGUGUUGUGGGGUGACUGAAGAUCAUAAUUUUUUACUGAAAAUUCAUUUCAUGCCUUGAUAUUGAGCAGGUGUGAGACAGUUGUCACUCACUUAAGUAUCAGUUCCCGGCUUUUUGCAUAUCCUUUUUCUUUUGGCCAAGUCCUCCUUCUUUCCCACUCAGUUGUAAUCACUGGCAAUUAACUACUGCAACUUCUGUUGGAUAUAUUCAUGCUGCAAGGGUUUCACUUCACAAGUGGUAUUACUAAUGGAAGACUCUGCAGUUAUUUCAAGCAUUCCAAGGAAAGAUAAGGUGUCAGUGGGGCAGACUAGAAAGCCUAUGAAUGAAUGUCUGCACUGUCUCUUUAUCAUGCAGUCAUUCAAUUCAUGUAUUUAUGAAUUACAUUUGUAUGUCACCCCGUGACAUAAAGUUCUGUAGGUGGUGAACAGCUCCAGAACAGAGAGUAACAGCUGCUGAUCUCUUGGAGGAAAUAGGUUGGACAUCCUUGUCAAAAGCAGCAUGCUCCCUUGCUCAGUGCAAGGGAACAUGGGGCAGCCACUAUUUUUUCUCUCAACAUCGGGUCAAAGCAAAGGUGGAUAGAAGUAGUUUAAUACCCCCUGAAAAGGCAGUGCAUACCACCUAGAAACAAAGUACUCUUGUGAAAGAGUAAAAUGCUGUUAUCUAAAGAGAUUGGCAUGAGUAAUUUCCCUGGGAUUUACCAGUCCAUGGAUUCUCUUAACUUUCAGUGAUUGACUUCACACUCUGAUUUAUUCCUGAAACUGCCAAAUUAUCACUUCCAAAGACAUCAUAAGGAUCAAGAGGUGAGUAUAUCCCCUUGCCUUAAACUUUCUGGAACUGGCACUGCCCAGGUGUUAGGCAUAUAUAUUCUGUUUCAGCCCCAUCACCAAUAGAACUAGUGGCAUGCCUUUGGCUAAUUGAGCAAUCCAAUGGCCUUUUAAACUCUGAAGGGCAUAUUGUUUUGUUUUGUUAUUAUGGUAUGUAUUUUUGUUUUUAUACUGUAAACAGCCCUGUGAUCCUUGGAUGAAGGGCAGUAUGGAAAUUUGAUGAUGAUGUCUACACCUGCAAAGCUUUCUGUGGUGGGUGUACCAAGGGCCUCUGAAAGCAUAAGUGUUGUCCCAAUAGCAGUCCUUCCUCCUCUGCAGCAGAGAGAUGCUUCUGCCACAUAUAAUGAUCCCUUCACCAGUGUUUGACCUGCUCCAGGAUUGCAACAGUAAUAACAUAAAUAAAGAUUAAUUUUAUUCAUGGUCACACAUGAAUAUAACACCAGUUCAGUUAAUAGCUCUUGAAAGGAUGGUGGAGCUAUCAGAAAGCUCCUUGGCUCUACCUCUGACAGUGCUAAUACUUUGACAAGUCAAUACUUGAUCCAACUGGGGCUCUUUUUCCUCCUGUAAAGAUUAUGUUUCCUUUGUCUGCAAAGUUCAUAGAGUAUACUUGUUACAUUUUGUAUAUCGGCCUGCUGCCCAUUGUUAUCUUCACUGACUACUUCCUGAGUUGCAUCCUGGAAUCGUUGACUCCAGUCUUGAAUUCCAAGCGUUACUCAUUGCACUGGCUGCCCAAACUGUAAUGGGAUCACACAAGCUUGUGAAUCAUUUAGAAAACAAUCAAGAAGUAAAAAGAUACGCAUAACAUAUGCCAGAAUCCACUAGGAUUCCAGUGAGAACACACUGUUAGUGGUUGGUAAAUGACAAUAGCAUCCUGGCUGUUUCAAAACCCUAAACCCCUUCACUUAACCACAGUCAGUCUAUUGCAGUUGAGCCAAAUGAUCCAAUUUAGAUAAAUUGAUUCUAGAUGGUGCAUACUGAAAUUAUGCCAAGGUCACACUUGAAUAAUGCUGUGAUGUGAUUACAGGGCUGGGAACUAAAUGAAGGUGGUUAGUAGAUUAUUAAGGAGACUGCUGACUGAAAAAUUACCUCAAAGCUAACCUGCAAAAGUAUCUUGUAGUACAGUACUGAGCCUAAAAUAAUGCCAAUUGGAUCAGCAUUCAACAGAGAAAACACUGGGCUUAGGAAGAAUGAAUUCUCCUUGCCUUAUGCAAGAUGUACCUCAGCAGGGAUGGGGCAUCUCAUAUAGAAGUACUAUAAGAUGAGGAGCCAGGUAUGUAAUAACAAAGGACCAUCAAACCAGGAUGAACGGUCACUUCAUAGUGAAGCGGAGUUCAUUGCAGCAGGAAGUGAAAGAUGAGACUAGUACAGUGGUGAGAAACCUCUGGUCCUCCAGACUUCAUUGGUCCCAGCCAGCAUAGCCAAUGGCUACAGGUGAUGGAAGUUGUUGUUCAGCUGCAUCUGGAGAGCCACGGGUUUCCAACUCCUGAUCUAGCUGAAACAGCAAAGCAAACAUUGUUCUUUUCUUUUCUUUUUGUUCUUUCCUGCAUACAUUGUUCUAUUCUCUAUGUAUUGAUGGCCACUGUGUGGAUUUGAUCAGGGAUUGCACUAGGUGGCAGUUUGGCUGCUUAUUGUCCUAGAGGCAAUAGUGUUGCAGAACUUGCUUACGUGUUAACUUAUCCUUGUGUGAGGACAGUAGCUCUCCAUACAGUAGCUAACACACCCUUGGCUUGCCAGGUGGAUCCUCUAAGGCACCUUGCCACUGGCUUGGAAACUCUCAGCAAGUUCAAGAAUAUCCACAUGGGAAACUGAACUAGAUAUUAUAGCCAUGUACAGACAGACACAUUAAUAUGGCAAUGUACAAACUCAGCAUUAGUGCAUAAUGCCUGUCAUCAUAAGAACUGCUAUAGGUAGGAGGCAUGGGUCAGAAAACUGAGCAGGAUGGCUAGAUUGCCUUUAUUGUGUAAGACCUUUGUUUUAAAGGAAAAUUCUUUGCUCCAGAACAUUGGGCUACCUCAAUCAUAUGAACCAAUGAGGAGGACAAUAUGUUCUGCAAAGAAAGGUCAAGACCCAAGGCAAUUUCUUGGAAGCCCUAUUUUUUAAUUGCAAGCAGCCCACAGUGGAAGGUCCAUCUGCUCUUGGGGGUGGGUGUCACCUUGUAAACUAGAGCAUGGUUUUUCUUUUUUCCUUCUCCCACCCAAUCUCUUUUCCUUUUGUGUUGUGCCUUUCAGCUUGUAAACCUGAGUGUUUUAUUAAUCUUUAUAAGCUGUUCUGGAGUACUUUUAUAGAGAGUGGAGUAAAAAUACUCCAGAUAAAUGAAUAAAUAUUUCCCUUAGGCUUAUGCCAGUUUUUAAAAAAUCCCUAUUUCUCCAUGGCAUGUCACAAAACUAGAAUCAUAGUUUCGGAGAGCCUUUCAUUUUUUAAAUGUUAACCUGGCAGCCUGUUGCACACCGCGGACACGUUAGUGUUAAGUUAAAGAGAAAAGGAAUGUAAUACUAGGGAGAUCUUGGGAAGAUAGGAAACUUCCAUAUGCUCAGUGUUUAAAUUAUGCUUAGAUUUAUCAUCUACAGAUCAGUUCCAUCCAUUAGAAACUUGCUCUCCCACUGUAAUGUAUAAAUCAUUGCUAUGACAAACUGCUUCUUCUGUUCACCUCUAAGAUAUCCAUUUAGGCAAUGGCUUAUAGUUUGGACUGUGAUUUACUCUCAUCAGGAAUACAGAGGAGACAGAAGUUGGUAGAAAACAAGCAGGCUUUGAAUGAAACUUUUCAGUCAGUGUAGUAGUGGUUGGGGGCUGCCUUUGCUUCAGGGGAAUGUGAAUUACCGUACAUUUAGGUGGUUUGAUUCACACAAACCAUCAAAUUAACAUACUUUCACUUUAAAACAAUGUCACACCCAUCACUUAAGCUAAGGCAAUCCCAUUGGCAUGGGCAAAACCAACAGCUAGAUCUGAAGCUUGCAAGCAGCAAUGCUGUGAAAUACAAGUUCUAGCCUGUUUCUAACCAUGUUUAAUCAGACAUAAGUCUGAGCAGUUGCUAAAACCUUAGAUGAGUUCUUAGAAAUGAAGAAACAAUAUUGUUUUUGCAUUUCAAUCAUUCACUGUUACAUUAAAUAAUGUACUGUGCAUUUGUCUUAUUUAACAGGAGGGGCCUUCCCUUUCCAAGCCCUAGCACCAAGUUUCUGCUUCCUUCUAUUUACAGAAUCAUGUAGUUCAGGGGUUCCCAAACUGUGGUGCCCACCAUUCAGGUACAUGGGUGUUUUAAAGUAGACACUCCAUUGGCUGAGUUGAGGAGAACAGGGAACCAAAAAAGAAUAUGUUCUGUGAUGAGACCCCACCCUCGCCCUACUACAGGAAUUCCCCCCUAGGGAACGUUCAGAUUAAACAACAAUUGAAGACUUAUUUGUGUAGCUGGUGAUUGACAACAGAGCCAGUAUUAAGCAUCCUGUUGUCUAUUUAGUUCUUUUGUUGCUCUUUUUAAAAUAUAUAUUUUGAGCAGUAAUAGGUUGCAUGUUAUACACCUAUUAUUGUAAGCCAACCGGUGCUCCUAAGGUGAAAGGAUGGGAGGAUGUGGUAAAAAAACCCUUGUAAAUAAAUAGAUAAAGAGGCAAAUACUCACAUGUUUUACUUUCACAUUUCAUUUAUUUCCUGCAGAAAAUGUUGAUCUUUCAUUGUUGUUUCCCAGAACAAGGAUCACGUGUGGCACUGCCCAGGGUUUCCUGCCAGACUCAAAAUUUUAGAAAUAUUGCAUCAUUUUUGCAUAUGAUGGGAUGGGUGACAAUGCUUUUCUGUAACAGCAGUGAUGCCAUGUUAAGAUUACAGGAGAUGCUACAUCAUCUUAAAUGCAGUUAUUUGCAGAAAAUUAAACUGGCUUGUGGAUUACAAAUUAAGCUCCCAAUUGAUAUAUACUUGUGUAUAUUAGUAUAUGAUUGUUUGUCUGUGAACAAACGCCACCCCCCUAAGCAAGAUUAGCGCCAUACGCCAUAGUUGCCUUUGACUGGACCUAACCGUCCAGGGGUCAUUUACCUUUACCUUGCUUACUCUCCUGAAUACCUUCCUUUAUUGUCUAAGGCAGAGGAUCCCAAACUGACCCCUUUUCAGAAAAAACAAACAAACAAACCUCAGAGCCCUCUGGAAAUCUUCCUUCUUUAAGUGAACGAACAGGAAGAUGCAGUGACAAAUUUGUGUUCUUUGAUGUAUCUAUAUUUCUGCCUACAUCCUACAAGAAAGAUGUUGUAAAAACCCAUGGGGCGGACCGGAGUGAAGUCUGCUGGCUCAGUCCAAUCUGUCCCAGAGGUGGGGCUGGCAUCCGAUCUGGCAAUAAGUGUCAUUACACAACAGAUGAAACAUGUACAAAUGGUUUUUCCAAAUAUCAUUUUCUUCUACUCUUUCCUUAUGCUUCCACCACCCCCUUAGCUUUAUUCAGUGCCCCCCAAUUGCACCUGAGAUUGCUACUGCUCCCCUGGAUCAUUCCAGCACCUCCCAAAGGGCAGUAUUGCCCACUUUGGGAAACACUGUUUUAAGCACAAAGAUUUGGGUGGCCAGUUUUCAAAUUCCUACUUUUAGAAAUGUAGCUUUUGUUUGGAGACAUAUGUGGACAUUUCCCCUCCACUUGAUAUAAAUAAAUUUUGAGCACUGAAAAACAUUCACAAUUUGAUGCCACCAAAAUAGGACAAAUUUCAUCAGGCAUCUUCCCUUAUCCUAAAGACCUGGACUUUUCCAUACUCAUAUGAAGAGUUUAUAUUAACUGAUGGGCUGAUCAUAACAUCCUUCAAUAGUAUACAAGGCAUGGAAGCACCAUGUUUGUACCUGUUCUUCCUGUUUCCUCUGCCCCUUUUGUGGCCUCACUGCUUACAUUUGAACUUAUUUUCUUCCAUAGAAUGAGAGCCAGAAUCUACUUUCACUGUGGGUCAUCUCCAAACACAGGCCCUAUGGAACAAAAUGUCAAAAUGUACUUCCUGCCUCUGGCAAACAUUUCAGUGUUUGUAGUACGGAACCUGUGGCCCUCCAGAUGUUUUUGGACCACAACUCAUCAACCCCAGCCAGUGUGACCAAUGGAUAGGAGCUAGAGUCCCAACAACAUCUAGAGGGCCACAGUCCUGUACCCCUCUCCCAAGUUUAUAGAAACAUAUAGUUGUAAAUCUACAGCCUUGUGCAUACUUACUUUGAAGUCUGUUCCACUGUAUUCAGCAGAACUUUAGUGGGUAACUAAAUGCAACAUGGCAGGCCCAUGUGUGUUUUUUUAAUCCAUUGAAUAACUAUAAAAGGGGGCAAUUUCUUGUGUAGAAUGGGCAGGCACUGCUUUUUCCUUUGGCUAGGCUCUGAGAGCAGAAGGGAGUCUGCUUAGAGAAAUUCAUUCAUGGGCAGGCAUAUCAAAGGGGAAAAGUAGAGCAUCCUUUUUCCACCCCUGCUUUAAAUCAUGCUCACCUCCCACUUUAUACAUCUCCAGCACAAACCAUGUUCAAAUGUAUGAGUCACAUUUAGUUACUGUCACAGUUAGACCCGCGAUCGUGAACCUGUGGCUCUCCAGUGACUGAACCUCCCAUCAUCCCUGAGCAUUGGCCAUGCUGAAUGGGACCAAUGGGAUUGGACUCCCAUCGGCCCCAUCCAGAAUGGCCAAUGCAGGGAUGAUGGGAGGUGCAGUAUUCAAUAUUAUUGAACAGAGAGAGCUGCAGGCUCCCCAUCCCUGAGUUAGACCGUUACUCCCAAAUAAAUAUGCAUAAGAUCAGGUUUCAAGUCUUGGCAAGACAAGUGCAUCCUUUUUUAAUUAUCCACAAUCUGACACGAUCCAUGUUGCCAGGAUAGCAGCUUGCCAAGGCUGAACUGGGACUAAGGAAAAGAAGUGUCACAAAGAGGAAAAACUGCAACUGAAAUAUUUUGACAUUUUAUUUAACAGAAGGAAAAGCCUCUGCUUUAAAGCAGAAUGCAAAGGGACCCAUACUUAAAGUAAUUGAGAUGGUAGUUUUAACCUAAACAUCCUGAGUAUUUACACUUCUCAUAUGCUAGCUACCAAUAUAUUUCUAGAUCAGAAACAUAGCCAGAUCCAGCCCACCCAGAAAGGUUCACGAUGGAAGAAAAUGGGAAUUGGGACAAUGAAUGACUGGGCUACAUUCACUAGACCUCCUAGCACCUGUGAGUCUAGUAAGGAAUCUUUUCCAUUUCUCUUUCAGGUGA